CCCAAUUAUCUCACUGACUUCAAUAUGUGUGUUUGCUGGAAGCGUGCUUUGACAUAAAACCCCAAAAUUAGCAACGGAGAGGUGGUCCUCGACACCACUCUUGCUCCUCAGACAUGGGGCAGUAUCUCACCAAAAUUAUCCAGGCGGUGAUGAAGCCAGUGGUGCGGUUUGCAGCGAAGAGGGCAUCGAGGAUACAAGCUGGAGCUGGGAGGAUUGACACGCAUAUACACUGUCUGCCGCCACAAUAUCUUGCGGAGCUCAACAAGGCUGGGGGCAACCCAUCAGGAUUCCCCACACCAGAAUGGACGCCUGAGUCCUGUCUACAGUCAAUGCAAGGAAUCGGCACCACACUCGGUAUCCUCUCCGUCUCGACCCCCGGUGCUGCGAUCCUCGGCCACGGCCCAGAAGCCCGAAAACUUGCCCGCACAUUCAACGACUAUCUCGGCGGCCUCGCUACGUCCGACAAGUACAGCCAGCAGUUCGGCUUCUUCGGCGUCGUCCCAUCCCUCGUCGACCUCGAGGGCGCCCUGGACGAGCUUGACUACCUCUUCACGGAGCAGAAGCUCUGCAGCGGCAUCACCCUCUUCACCUCGUACGGCGGCAAGCUCCUGGGCCACCCGGACUUCAAGCCCUUUUUCGCCCGGCUGCAGAAGUACAAGGCCCUCGUCUUCAUCCACCCGACCAUGCUCGACGUCCAGCCCAAAUUCGUCGGCGGCGAGAACGGCUUGCCCCAACCCAUUCUAGACUACCCCCUCGCGACGACGCGCGCCGCCGUGGAUCUCGUCAUCACGGGCACGGUGCGCGCCUGCCCGGACGUUGACUUUAUCCUCUCCCACGCGGGCGGCGCGCUCCCCUUUGUCGGCACCCGUGCCUUCGGCUCGCUCAUGAUGCCCAACCUCGCCUCCCGCUUCCCCGUCGGCGUCCUGCAGGCCCGCACGGAUGUUGGCCGCUUCUACUACGACAUUGCCCUGUCCACCACUCCGGCCCAGCUUAACGGCCUGCUGGACUUUGUCGGCAGGGGCGGCGAGGAGAGGGUACUCUUUGGCAGUGACUACCCGUAUGCCCCACAGGUCGCCAUCGACCACAUUGUGCUGGAACACACGCGUUUCGUGCAAAACGACGUGAGGGGUCCCAGACUGAGCGCCGAGCGGUUGCGGGGCAAUGCCGUGAGGCUGUUGAACAAGCAUGCUUUUGAGGGGAGGGAGCUGGAGGCCUAAUAUGGAGGAACAACAGGAGAGAGGACCAGCAACAGAGCAUGAACAGUUCGGGAAGGAAGAGAUGUCUUUGACUUGUUGAAGGUUUGUUGACAGUCUGUCGCACCCGAUACCACUUGACAUCUUGGGAAGAAGAGGAAUAUACUCGCAAACCCAAGCUGAGAAUACACAGAGGUGUUUCUGAGUCGUUCAAUGACAAAACCUCUCCCUCC